GUGUCCGGUGCUGUCACGCGAGCAAAGAAAGGCAUGUUUUGGGCAUGCAGGUCGUUCACGUGUAGAAGACACGGGUUGGCAGGGGAUAGGUUGCUGGCCACGCCCCAGCCUUGGGCACUCAGCUUUGGGAGCUGGCUGCAGGAAAACAGCUGGAUCCAGCCUUGUGUUGCAGCUGCCGUGGUCUUCCCGCCUCUCGGGAACGGAUACGAGAACCAUGUCUGGCUUGUGAAAAUCCAACCCGCAUCUUCAAACGAGAUGUCCGUCUUGUUCUCCCGCUCCAAGUCCAUCCACGCCAGCAAGAAGGACAAGAGACACAUGGCGGACGCGACCGCCUCCCCGCUGAAGCACUUUGUCACUGCCAAGAAGAAGAUCAAUGGCAUCUUCGAGCAGCUGGGGGCCUACGUCCAGGAAAGCACCACGUUUCUGGAGGAAACACACAAGAAUGUGGAGCUGGACCCCGUCACCACAGAAGAGCAGGUGCAGGAGGUGAAGGGUUACCUGUCCAAGGUCAGCGGGAUCAGCGAAGUGCUGGCCCGGCGGCACAUGAAGGUGGCCUUUUUUGGGAGGACAAGCAAUGGAAAAAGCACUGUCAUAAAUGCAAUGUUGUGGGAUAAGGUCCUCCCCUCCGGCAUUGGGCACACCACCAAUUGCUUCCUCCGCGUGGAGGGGACAGACGGCCACGAUGCCUUCCUGCUCACAGAGGGCUCCGAAGAGAAGAAAAGCGUCAAGACGGUCAACCAACUGGCUCACGCCCUCCACCAAGACGAGCUCCUGACGGCCGGCAGCCUCGUGAGCGUCAUGUGGCCCAAUUCCAAGUGCCCACUUUUGAAGGAUGACCUGGUUUUGAUGGACAGCCCAGGAAUUGAUGUCACCACUGAACUAGACAGCUGGAUUGAUAAGUUUUGCUUGGAUGCUGAUGUUUUCGUGUUGGUGGCCAACUCGGAGUCCACGCUGAUGCAAACAGAGAAGCAGUUCUUCCACAAAGUGAACGCUCGCCUGUCUCGGCCAAACAUCUUCAUCUUGAAUAACCGAUGGGAUGCUUCUGCUUCUGAACCAGAGUAUAUGGAAGAGGUACGUCGGCAGCACAUGGAGCGCUGCACCAGCUUUUUGGUGGACGAGCUCGGAGUGGUGGAUCGUGCUCAGGCCGGCGACCGGAUCUUCUUUGUUUCAGCAAAGGAAGUUCUGAGUGCCCGGAUCCAGAAGGCUCAGGGGAUGCCCGAAGGGGGGGGGGCCCUGGCUGAAGGCUUCCAAGUGCGGAUGUUUGAAUUCCAGAACUUUGAGAGAAGAUUUGAGGAGUGCAUCUCACAGUCAGCCGUGAAGACGAAGUUUGAGCAGCACACGGUCCGUGCCAAGCAGAUUGCUGAGGAGGUUCGACACAUCAUGGACUGCGUGCACGUGGCCGCCCAAGAGCAGAGGAUUUACUGCCUAGAGAUGCGCGAGGAUCGUCAGGACCGCCUGGGCUUCAUUGAUAAGCAGCUGGAAUUGCUCACUCACGACUACAAGCUGAAGAUCAAACAGAUCACAGAAGAAGUGGAGCGGCAGGUGUCAAACGCGAUGGCCGAGGAGAUCCGCCGGCUUUUUGUGUUGGUGGAUGAUUUCCAGCUGGAUUUCCACUCCUCUCCAGUUGUCAUCAAAGUUUACAAGAACGAACUUCACCGGCACAUUGAGGAGGGCCUGGGUCUGAAGAUGUCCGAACGAUGCUCUGCCUCCAUCACGACGUCAUUGCACUCCAUGCAGCAAGAAAUGAUAGAUGGCUUAAAGCCCCUCCUCCCGGCAUCCAUGCGGGGCCAGAUAGACAUGCUCAUCCCCCGGCAACGAUUUGCUCUGAACUACGACCUCAACUGCGACAAGCUUUGUGCCGACUUCCAGGAAGACAUCGAGUUCCAUUUCUCUCUCGGUUGGACGAUGCUCGUGAACCGGUUUCUGGGACCCAAGAGCGGCCGCCGGGCCUUGAUGGGAUACAGUGAUCAGGUCCAGCGCCCUUUGCCUUUGACUCCCGCAAACCCCAGUCUGCCUCCCCUGCCCCAGGGCUCCCUGACCCAGGAAGAACUGAUGGUCUCCAUGGUGACGGGGUUGGCAUCACUGACUUCCCGGACUUCAAUGGGCAUCCUUGUGGUUGGUGGAGUGGUCUGGAAGGCGGUGGGCUGGAGGCUGAUUGCUCUCUCCCUGGGCCUCUAUGGCCUCCUGUACGUUUAUGAGCGGCUCACCUGGACCACGAAAGCCAAGGAGAGAGCCUUCAAGCGGCAGUUCGUGGAGUACGCCAGUGAGAAGCUGCAGCUCAUUGUCAGCUACACAGGCUCCAAUUGCAGCCACCAGGUCCAGCAGGAGCUUGCUGGCACCUUCGUUCAGCUGUGCCAGCAAGUUGAUGUGACCAGGGAAGAUCUGGAGAAAGAAAUCGCAUCCCUGAAUCAAAAAAUUGAAAUUUUGGAUUCCCUGCAGGGCAAAGCCAAGCUGCUCAGGAAUAAAGCCGGGUGGCUGGACAGUGAGCUGAACAUGUUCAUCCACCAGUAUUUGCAGCAGAGCAGAUAAGCAGAGAAGAGGGGGACAGCCGUUCCUCACCCCGUGUUCCACCCACUGGCGAAAGCCAUUCUUGGCAACGAGAGCUCUCGCGGGCACACGCAGAAGCUAAUUGCUGGGGAGUCUCCCCCAGGGGACCGAGAGAAUCCAGCUCCCCCUCCGCAUGAUAAUCCUUUCUCCUUUAGAAUCCUGUCUCUUCCUGGUAGGGACCUUGAGCUCAGCCAUGUCUGUGUGGAAGCCUUUACCCGAUAAGUCAGGAGGCCCCUGACCCGUUUCUGUUUUAGUCGCCAAUGAAAUUCCGAGAGAUCCAAAUCCUACCUGGCUCCCUUCUGGUGCAUUUGGGUUGAAGUUUAUUCUGGCCUUCUCUCACUUGCCCCCGACCUUUAAAAAAAUGAAUUUCUUUUGCUUCAUAAAGCAAAUAGUUCCUUGUUCUGCAAAAUGGGGGCAUGAUCCAGCCAAAGCUGUGCAUGUUUAAGUCAACUUGGAAUGGAUUUCAGUCUCAGCCACUCUUCUCUUGGAAAUCAAAUAGAAAUAAAUGUCGGUUUGUUUUGGCUGGAUGGGGUGUGCUUUGUCCAGCAGGCAAACAGAUUUUAGGCAGGUCCCGGCUGCUCUGAGAAGGCAUUCCCACAACGGCAUCCUGAGCAGGCUGAAAUAUCCCGCUGCUGGAGGUGGUUUUGAGGAUUGAUGCCAGGGGAAUGGCAUGGCUUGGUAGUUGCCAAAGCUCCAGAGCGCCAGGAAUAUCCGUUCCCUCCCCAACUCCCCCAGAUAGAUAGGGCAUCAUCCACAGCUGCCUUUGCUCCGGAACUAUGCAGGCAUGGCAGGAUGUAGCACGCUCCCAGACCCACUGCCCACCCCCACAAUUUCCACCUGGGCAGACAAGGCAGCUAUGAUAGCAGCCAGAAGAAGGGCCACUCCCAACCUCCGCUUCUUUGCUUGGAAGCAGCUGCUGACAUUCUGCGUGGCCAUCAGUGCUCGUUUGCUGGGUGAGCCACUAGCUGCAGCCGCUGCCUGCUUUCUGCCUUUGCCUAAAGAGGAGGGGGUGAAUGGGCAGGAGGGGGCAGAGAUGGAUGCAGCAAAGAGGGCUACCAGGAGGCAUCUUUUCCAGCCUUCUGCAAAACCAAGAGCUGGACAUGCCAGCAUCAGCCCCAGGCUCUAACUGUGUGCAUCCGAGCACCACCCAAACUGAGUUUGCAUAGUCUGGGGAGAAGAGGGAGGCGUGAGAAUACAGGGCUGUGUAGAUUUGGCCCAGCUACAGUUGAAGGGAGCUGGAGGAUACUUGUGUACUAUGAAAUGCCCCCAAAAUCUGGAGGAGGAUGUAAAUCCUUGGAUGUGUUCAGAAUGCCUGAGUAUGUAACAAAAUUGAUUUUUUUUUACUUCCUUGCAAGAGAAAGGGGUCUGCAUCAGCAAAUAGUGGAAUAAGAAAGUUGACCUCUGUUCCUCUUUCUGUCUAUUCCCUUUUUCUUGAGCAAGUUUGUGGAUUAGCCUUCUCUUUGUAGCCAACAUAUCCUCUUUCCCAUAGUUUGCAAAGCUGUAGAAAAUACUGCUGAAUUAGCCCCCGUUGGGCCUGAAAGCCACAGGGCUGUGUAUGGGAGAGGGGGAUGGAAAAUGCCCAGCAAGAAGGUUCCAGAAUGUUCUGCUUGGUUCUAAGAGAGCAUAGAGAAUUGACCAACUGCGAUGGCUUUGGUUCCCUUUACAGUGGCUGGAUUAUUUUUAUUUGCAUAAUAAUAGUGACGAGAGUACCCUUUGACGGAUUGCUUUUUUAAAAAGUACGAUAGGUUCCUUGGUUUCGGUGUGACGUCAGAAGGGGGAGAAGCGGGAGCUGGGCAGUUUGGAUUGUUCCCAUUUCCUGUAUCCUCCCCCUCCUGUGUGAACUUGCAGGAGACAAAAGUCCUGAACAUCCAGAUUUAAAUGCAUGUGGCAUAGGUGUGAGGCCCCCGCUCUCCCCCCACCCAUGCGAGCGAGCAUACUGUUGCCUCCCCCCAUCCUGUCUUGCGGUUGCCUGCCCAUCCUGCAUCACCUAGUGCUGGAUAGCAGGGACAGAAACUACCAGGGCUUCAUUGAGUGAGCUCCAGCAAGGACCAGGGUCUGCACACUCAGUCGUCCUCCUCCGCCUCUUGACUUGCCCCAUGUAUGUUAUGUGCAUAUGGUUAGAUAAUCUUCCAUAAAGCUAGUUACAGAUGGUUGUGGGACAUCUGCCCCAGUUGUGGGUUCCCCAGUUGGUUCUCGUUAGCAAACCUCCUUUUCUGUGAUUGCCAGACGGGAUAAUUCACGUGUAGAUUCUGUGCAGUUUCUUUUUGAAAUGGCCCUUUGAUAGCAGAGGCCACAAAGGUGAGAGAACGCUUUAAGCUGCUCGGGAUUUUCUGCCCUUUUCCGAUCCCCCAGUGGCAUCUUCUCUCCGAGUCGCUAAGCUGUUGGAUUUUCCAUAGAAGCAACUUGUCUGAAUUCUGUUGCCAGGUGACACUUCCGCUUCUGUGGCCUGGGAGAUGCGUUGUGACAGCCAUGCUGCCACAAGCUAGAGAACAGAGUUCCUGUUUUCUUGGAAACCAAUCCUUUAGCCAAAUGCACUUUAUUUUUUACAGCUGCUUAUUUGAUUACAAUAUUUGUUUCCCUCUUUGAUUGAAUCUUCUCAACAGGGUGUUUUCUGCCUGCUGUAUGUAAAGGUGGCCAGUUUGUGGGUUUUGGCUUUUUAAUGCAUGAAUUAAUUGUAUUGCCACGGGCCCACAGUUAAUAUCAGACACAGAAAUAGAAAUAAACAAUGAAAUACUCAAAUA